UAUAUAAAACCGUUAAGGGCGGCAAUGAGAGCGACGGAGCAGAGGAGGGGUUAUAGAGCCUAAUCUCGAGACAUGGCCAUCUCUCUGUCUCUUCUCGGCACUUGCGAUGCUCUCGCAAGUAUACAGCAGCACCGCACGGCAAAAUAAUAAUAAAUAUAUGUGAUCGCCGAUUCCUCUCUCGCAAGCACGCACACACGCACCGAAAUUCUUCUGUACAGAAGCGAAUCAACAGCUGGUCCAGCAGCCAGGCAGGCGGCGCGGUCGAGCCUAUCUCUGUGCUAUAAUACUGCGGCUGCUGCGGCUGACAGAUUUUUGUUUAUCUUGUUUUUUUUUUCUUCUUUUUUUAUUUAUUUAAUACAAAUACUUGGAUUAGCAGCAGAAGCAACAGCAGCAGCGGCCGUAGCGUCAAGGAGACACGAGCUCGCAGCGUCGGCGGCUGUUUCCGGUCUCAUUGUUGGUGUUCGCGUCGUUCGUUUUAUAAAUAUAACACACUCUAACUACUCUUUAGCCGUCGCGCUCGUUUCGUUUCGAUAAAACAACACGAAUCAUCGGCUUUCGUGCGUCCGAGCAGUAAUAAUAACGAGGAAUACCGCGCGCAUCAUCGUCGUCGUCCCGCAAAAAUAUAUCCUACAUGCACACGACACGCACACGCAAAGAGAUUAUAUUAUUGCCUACUGCUCCGCCGCCGCCGCCGCCGCUGCACUAUAUACACUCCGGACUUCCGUGAAAUUUCCGCUACGAUGUGUGCUUAGUUAGGAGUGUGUGCGCUAUUAUAAGCGCCGACUGCAGUUUAUAUGUGCACUACGCCGCGACACGAGCGUCGCGCGCCGCGAUGUAUAAGGUAUAUGCAUACAACAAGUAGAACGGGUUGGUCUGACUGAAGGGGCGCGUUUCAUCGUCGUCAUCAUCAUCAUUAUAGUACACGUUCGGACUUCGGCUGCUAGAUGCUUCGGAUGCAGUUGGAUUAUUUAUCAACCUACCGCCGCGUGGUGAAUUUUGCUUUUUUGUUUCGUGAAUGAAAAGUGUUUUUGGGGGACGGAAAAGGGAAGCAUGAUCGACUGCCAGUGAUAUACGAGAGGCAGUGGUGGAUCAAGUGUCUCGUGACACUUGACGUGCGUGCAGCUGUCUGCAAGAUUAUAGGAUUCGACUAUCCAAUUUCGAAUACACAACGCGGCACUUGAAACUUUUUGGAUAGCCACUUGUCGCAAUCGUCGUAGAAAAUAAUAAUAGUAAUUACAAGUGCUGCCGCUGGUGAAGUGAUUGGUAUACCAAAAAUAGAACUCGCCAGUCGUUUGUUUACGCUCGCAGAGGCAGGAGAUAACCUUGUAUAUAGACGUCAUGGCAUCGAAAAUGGAAACUCUCUGGAGACAGGCGGCCAAGACGUUUUCCAGCCGAUGGUCCCACAACUGGGGCUUCUCGGCGAAAAAUUUCGAGGAGCUGCAGAGCGCCAUCAACGAGAUCAGGGCCGAGGACGUCGGCAUCGACGACAUGAAGCUGCUGCAGGUCAGGCUGGGAUUCGCGCCCAUAUUCAACAUGGACAUCUAUCAGGAUCCGGACUUCACCGUGUCGGUGUUUCUGCUCAAGGAGGGCUCGACGAUGCCCCUGCACGAUCAUCCGCAGAUGCACGGUCUGCUCAAGGUCAUCUGUGGUACCGUGUCAGUGAAGACCUACUCGUUGGAGGACACUCAACGGCAAGAUAACUUUCAACUCGGCGACUACGUGGAGGCGAUCGUCCACGAGCCAGUGACAUGCGAUCAGGAUUCCAACGCGAUGGUGUUGACCCCGACGGACAAGAACCUCCACGAGAUCACUUGUCUGCAGGGUCCAGCUGCGUUCCUCGACGUGCUGAGUCCACCCUACGAUAGCAACGAGUAUUACAUGGGCGAGAGACCUUGCACGUUUUUUCAACCGAUAGAGACAGUCUCUUCGAACAGAGUGAAUCUGCGUAUCAUCAAAGCGCCACAUGACUAUUACACGAAACAAAUGGAGUACAGCGGUGUGCCUCUGGGCUACAGUUAAUAAUGGACACGAUGACUUCUGAAGCUGCGAUUCGAUGAUUCGCAAGUAAUUGCAUUAGUACAAACCAAUUAUGAUAUUUCAAUUUGAAUGGACUUAUAACUUGUAUGGUUAUAAACAUUUAACAGUCUGUAUAUUAUUAACAUUUAGAACCUUGAUUCAAAAAUUACUUACGUAUUUUAUGUAAAUUCCAUGUGAUAUUAUAAGUACUUAUGAAUAGCUUUUCAACUCCCCCAACUUGAAAAGUACUGUAUGUGUAAUUAUUAACUAAGUUAAAUAGAAACUUAAAAUGUACAUUGAAAAAAAAACUUGUCAAAAGGUUUAAUAAUCAGAGACACUGAUAGAGUAAGCAUCAAAGUAA